GGCUGUUCGUCAAAGUCAUUCAAGCUGUACUCUCCGAAGGAACCCCCAAACGGUGGCAGCUUUCCCCCUUUCCACCCAGGCGCUAUGCUGGAUCGAGAUGUGGGGCCCACACCCAUGUAUCCCCCAUCAUAUAUGGAACCGGGAAUGGGGAGACCCACACCGUAUGGAAACCAGACAGACUAUCGCAUGUAUGAGCUGAACAAAAGGCUACAGAAUUGGACCGAGGAUUGUGACAAUUUGUGGUGGGACGCUUUCACCACAGAGUUCUUUGAGGACGACGCAAUGCUCACCAUAACCUUCUGUCUGGAAGAUGGUCCCAAACGAUACACAAUUGGAAGGACAUUGAUUCCCAGAUAUUUUCGGAGCAUCUUUGAGGGUGGUGCUACAGAGCUCUUUUAUAACUUGAAGCAUCCAAAAGAGUCCUUCCACAGCAACUUUGUCUCUCUUGAUUGUGACCAAUGCACCAUGGUCACCCAGAAUGGCAAACCUAUGUUCACACAGGUUUGUGUGGAAGGCCGUCUGUACCUAGAAUUCAUGUUUGAUGACAUGAUGAGAAUCAAGACGUGGCACUUCAGUAUCAGACAACACAGAGAGGUCCUCCCGAGGAGCAUCCUAGCCAUGCAUGUGAGUGAUCCUCAGAUGCUGGAUCAGCUGGCUAAAAAUAUCACCAGAUGUGGGCUGUCCAACUCCACACUCAACUACCUCCGUCUAUGUGUGAUAUUGGAGCCCAUGCAAGAAUUGAUGUCAAGACACAAGACUUACAGUUUGAGCCCCCGAGACUGCCUGAAGACGUGCCUCUUUCAAAAGUGGCAGAGAAUGGUAGCACCCCCAGCCGAGCCUGCAAGACAAGCACCUAACAAGCGACGGAAAAGGAAAGUGUCGGGCGGCAGCACGGUGAGCUCGGGAGGGGGCGGCAAUAACAACAGCAACAGCAAAAAGAAGAGUCCAGCCAACAGCUUCUCCCUCUCUAACCAGGUACCUGACCUGGUUGGAACAAAAACCUGUACUGUGCCGGAUCUCGAGGACCGGAGUUGA